GACUUAAAAUUUUUAAGCGAACGUAGAAAAGUUUUUAAUAUUCAUUUUAUAUUUAACAUUUUGAUUUUGACGUUAUUUAAUAUUCCUAACUGCUGGAUAAGCAAUACAUAGACCUAGAACGUGCAUAAUAAAUUGCUGUGAUAUGAUGAAUUACGCAAAUAUUGGAUUAUUAUUCAUUAUUAUAUUAUGUGGACAAUCAGUGGGAAUUAAUCUAGAUUUACCAGGAGAGUUUCUCCCUUACUAUUUCAAUGCUUUUCCAGACGUUGCUAAAGAAUGUAGUGAAGAUCCACAGUGUCCUUAUAAAAUGCACCUUGAAAAAAAUGUGUGUUGGGGUUAUCAAGAUAACUGCGAUUCCAAAAAAAUGCACAAAUACUCGCAUCCAAUUUGCGAUGGUCACCAUAAAGGUUGGGUCAAAACUAAGGAGGAGCAAAUUGAAACUUUCUUCCAGCAGGCUGAUUUUGGUUAUAUUAGAAAGUUCAGAAAUUCCAUGCAGACGAUUUGUGAGCCUGAUUCCUUUGAGGACUCUUCCUUAGAAUGCUCAGAAUACUUGACAUUCUGCAAAGCUAGAAAUAUUAUGGUAGAUUUCAGAAGACUGAUCAAUAGAACUCAACCCGUAAUGUAUGACAUGGAUGUUUUGACAACAGGAGAGAUUGGGGGAAAAUGUAAACUUGAUAAGUCAAUUUUAAACUCACAAAUCGAAAAUCUCAGUGCACUCCAAAAUUGGGGACCCGAACUUCGACAUUUUACAGAACUCGAAGCUCGUCCAUUUGAUGCUAAAAUUUGUGAUCACAUUGUAAAGACCCCGACGUUUAUAAUGAAAAUUGAUGCAACUGUGAAUAUGUACCACCAUUUUUGUGACUUUUUUAAUUUAUACGCUUCGCUCUUUGUUAACCAGACAGAAAACAAUCCUGAAAUGUUUACAAAAAACGUGCAAAUCUUAAUAUGGCGAACGUACAAGUACUCGUCUAGUUUUGAGGCUACGUUUCGAGCAUUCACCUCACGUCCAAUCUUUGAUUUGAAUGAUUUUAAAGGAAAAAGAGUGUGCUUUGAGAAUGCAGUAUUUCCACUGCUGCCUAGAAUGAUAUUUGGUCUAUUUUAUAAUACUCCAUUGAUUUGGGGAUGUCACAAUAGCGGACUAUUUCACUCUUUCUCAAAAUUUAUCCUUCACCGGUUACGAAUUAAUUUCAAACCCAAAUUGGAUCUCAAGAAAAUAAAGGUUACAUACAUUAGCAGACUCACUCGUCAUAGGAGAGUAUUGAACGAGGAUGAAAUUCUUGAUGAGUUGCGAAAAAAUGACUCCCUCGUCAUCAACAAAGUAGAAUUUACUUGGAAAACUAAUUUUGUGGAGCAAUUAAGCCUGAUUCAAGACACGGAUAUAUUAAUUGGGAUGCAUGGGGCAGGGUUAACUCAUAUGAUGUUUCUUCCUGACUGGGCAGCUAUAUUUGAAGUGUAUAAUUGUGGGGAUGAGCAUUGCUAUGCUGAUUUGGCUCGUCUUCGUGGACUGAAAUAUAUUACAUGGAAAAACCUAGACUUACUUCAAGAGGAGACUGACACAACUUCAGACGUUGAAUAUGGACCAGGACAUGAAAAACAUAGGAACUAUUUCUUUGAUACUCAAGAAUUUAUCCGUUUAGUACAUGAUGCAGUGGACCAUUUGAAACACUACUCACGAAGGGAAUUCAACCACGACGAACUAUAAUUAUUCCUCUAUGUGCUUUUCAAUGCUACAAUAUUGAUGUGAUCAUUCAAUACUACUUACCUACGCUACGCUUGUGGUCAAAGACGUCCAACGUACUUAUUAUAUUAUGAAUACUCAUAAGAUGAUUACACGCAACACACAAUAUAUCAUCUCAUCUCAGAUACAUCUUGAAGUUUGGAUUCGGGGCCUGCGAUUUUGUUGCAUGCGUUUGUCAACUGUUAGACAUCCUCUCGUACUAAUUAUUUGACAAGUAUAGCCCUAAUAAUUCUAGACUGGACUUUGAAUAUUAAUAUAUUAUUUACAAAUUUGAUAAGAAAAUUACAUAACGAAAAUAAAAGAAUAAAAAUAUUCAUAAA